UAUCGAAGGAAAUGAAGAGAAACAUAAAUGAAAAUUCAACUCGAAAUACAGCAGGCUGUUUGCCUGUACCACUGUUCAAUCAGAAAAAGAGGAAUAGACAGCCAUUAACAUCCAAUCCACUUAAAAAUGAUCCAGGUAUCAGUACUGUUUCUGACAGUUAUGAUUUCCCUCCUCUACCAACAGAUUGGGCCUGGGAAGCUAUGAAUCCAGAGCUGCCUCCUUUAACGAAAACAGUGAACACAGGGCAAAUACCACAUUCAGUUUCUCAUCCCCUGAGAAGUCAAGAUUCUGUGUCUAAGUCUAUUGAAUUAAAUGCUGAAAGAAGCAAGAGUGGUUGGAGCUACAGAGACGGCAACAAAAAUACCACUUUAAAAACUUGGGAUAGAAAUGAUUUUAAGCCUCAGUGCAAAAGAACAAAUCUAAUGACAAAUAAUGGAAUAAAUUCAUGUCCAGUGAAUUUGGGAGCUCAACAAUGGAAACAUUUAAGAGUAUCUGAAUCUACUAACUUAUCUCACCAAAGAGAAAGUGAAGUACUCACACAAACACAUUCGUCAAAAAUAUCUGGCUCCACAAUGAGAAGUCUAGACAAAAACAGUUCAUUACAGGCAUUUAAGCCCAGUUUUCAACAAAAUCAAUUUAAGAAAAAAAUGUUGGAUGGUUUUCCAGAAGAAAACACCCUCAAGGAAGCAUCAUUGUAUCAGUUAAAGCUUAAGGAGAAAGAGAAUUCUUUAAGAAUUAUAUCUGCAGUUAUUGAAAGCAUGAAGUACUGGUGUGCACAUGCACAGAAAACUGUACUUCUUUUUGAAAUAUUAGCUGUUCUCGAUUCAGCUGUUACACCUGGCCCAUAUUGUUCAAAGACUUUUCUUCUGAGAGAUGGGAAAAAUACUCUGCCUUGUGUAUUUUAUGAAAUAGAUCGUGAACUUCCAAGACUGAUUAGAGGCCGAGUUCAUAGGUGUGUUGGAAACUAUGACCAGAAAAAGAAUAUUUUUAAAUGUGUUUCUGUCAGACCAGCAUCUGUUUCUGAACAAAAAACUUUCCAAGCAUUUGUUAAAAUUGUAGAUGCUGAAAUGAGAUAUUAUACUAAAGUAAUGAGUGAAAUUUAA